CGGCCCGCGGAAGGAGCCGCCGCUGUUGUUGCUGCCGCCGCCGCCGCCAGGCCGCGCCCCGCCCCUGCCGCUGCCGCUCCCCGGUGAGGCUCGCGCUCGACCUGCGGCGCCGGCCCCGCCGCCUGGGCCCCGGGCCCGGCCCCUUCCGCGCCGCCCGGGCGAUGAGAAGCUGCUUCUGCGUGAGACGGAGCCGGGACCCGCCGCCGCCGCAGCCGCCGCCGCCACCGCCGCCCCAGCGGGGAACAGAGCAAUCCGCCAUGCCUGAAGUCAAAGACCUUUCAGAAGCCUUGCCAGAGACGUCAAUGGAUCCCAUCACGGGAGUGGGGGUGGUGGCUUCUCGGAACCGAGCCCCGACAGGCUACGACGUAGUUGCACAGACAGCAGAUGGUGUGGAUGCUGACCUCUGGAAAGACGGCUUAUUUAAAUCCAAGGUUACCAGAUACCUGUGUUUCACAAGAUCAUUUUCCAAAGAAAAUAGCCAUUUAGGGAACGUGUUAGUGGACAUGAAGCUCAUCGACAUCAAGGACACUCUGCCUGUCGGCUUCAUCCCAAUUCAGGAGACGGUAGACACACAGGAAGUGGCUUUUAGGAAGAAGAGGCUGUGCAUUAAAUUCAUCCCACGGGACUCAACCGAAGCUGCCAUUUGUGACAUUCGGAUCAUGGGCCGGACCAAGCAGGCCCCUCCUCAGUACACGUUCAUUGGGGAGUUGAACAGCAUGGGGAUCUGGUAUCGAAUGGGCAGAGUACCAAGAAAUCAUGACUCAUCUCAACCCACGACGCCUUCCCAGUCAUCAGCUGCUUCCACCCCAGCCCCCAACCUUCCCAGGCACAUCUCUCUCACGCUCCCUGCUACCUUCCGAGGCAGGAACAGCACUCGGGCUGACUAUGGGUACCAGCACUCCAAUCUGUAUGCCAUAUCAGGAGCCAAGCUCCCCAGGGCAGCGGGAACGUGUUGUCGAAGAGAAGCAUCUCCAGGGAGAAUUUCUUUUGUGCGCUGGCUAUUUCAGCAGAGUCGACAAGGAGCAUAACAAGUGUGGAAAGAUGACCUAUUUUGUAGAAAAGCUGAAUAUUUCCCCAGAUGCCUGGUGGCAGAGUGGUGCAAAAUAGGUCUGUGAAAUCCAGCAGGGCGGCCCCGUUCCCAAUGCACAUGAGGAGAGCUCAGUCACAGCAGAUGACUUUUUUCCCCUCCAGCUCGCAAAUCUUUUUCCAGCCACAGGGUUCGGCUGCCCCCACCGUACCUGGAUUCUCUGAUGGCUUUCCCAGCUGUUGACGUUUCUGCAGAGAAGGGCCCACAGAGUGAAAUCUCCUCUGGUUUGGCAGGAAUGUUCCUGUCUGCCUCUGGGCCACUGCUUCCUCGCCCCGCGGCUUUGAUGAGGUGUUGUCUGGGUUCAUUUCAGCUGUUAGUUUAGCAAUACCGAGGUAACAGUCUCAAGACGCAGGGGAAGCCAUUCAGAAACUUCCUGUUACGUUUGCGUAAGUGGCAGUCAAUUGGAUUUUAUCUUCCAAACAGAGGUAGUCGAGGCUGUGGCCCAGGGCAGCAGGCAGCUCGGGCCUCCUUGGUGGUGGCAGCACCAGGGUGCCCCGCCAGGGUCCAGGACUGCUUUGUUGUGAUGCCGCCAGGCGUGCCCUGCGGGACCCGCGGGCUCCGUAAGGCCGGCAGACUCAACACUGCGCAGUCGUGGUGCAUGCAGCUGGGAGGCCUGCCCAGCGGCAGCCUGCCUGCGAGCCAUUCUGGCUAAAAGGGAGCAGAAACCACGCCCCCGCCCCGUUCCAACAGUAUCUGGCACUGAGUGGCAUGUCUCAGUUUGGUAUUGCGAAGUUAAGGUUUCAGUGGUUCACUCCAAAAACAGUCAAGGCAGCAUGUGCCCCAGCCCCCAGCCCGUGCACAGUGCCCAAAGCCAUGAUGUCUGGCGCUCUGCUGGUAGUGGAACGAAUCCCCAAACUGUUCUCCUCCCGAAGCAGCUCUGGCACACGUUCGCAGCGGGCGUCAGGCACUGAGCCUUUGGUGCGAACUCCUGGCCGACUCUGGUUCAUUCCUGAAACCAUCUGAUCACUGCGCCCCUUGCUUGCGGUCCCUUCCUAAGAUACGUAGGUUUCCAAACAAUGUUAUUAGAAGUUUGAAGAGCAGCCCACAUUUAAUUGGUACGUAUGGUUAUUAAAGUAAUAUAUACUUUUAAGUGUUUUCCCAAGGGCAUACCUGUUUUCCCAAGGGCUUAUAUUCCUUCUGUACCUUUCACUGAGACAGUUCAUCCCUGUCCUGCCUGCAGAGGGAGAGACACUGCUCAGAGCUGCUGAGAGACCGGUGGACACAGCAUGUAGCUCUGUCCCCAGCACACAGAGGUGCUCGUGAAAUGGUUGUGGAAGGAAGUGGGGAGGAAGGAAAGCAUUUAGCCUAGUGUCUGCCUUGCCUGGGAGUACCCUCUAUGACCUCCGGGGCAGGUGAUCGUCCUGAUUUGCUGCUCCAACCCUAUAGUGUCUGGGCCACCAUCUCUGAGCAGCCCAGCCCAUCUCUGCGCGGUGCUCCCGUGUUCAGCGGGGCUGUCUUACGGUAUGUUCAUAUCCCUCCAGCCAUCUGGGGUACCACGCGUCCCGUCAGCAUUGCAUGCCGACUGUUCUGCACUGUCCAGCCAGUGGGUAGUUCUCUCUUGCCCACAGGAUUGGGGUGAGGAACAUCGUGCUGAAAUCCUGAGAAGCUUAUUCCCUUCUCUGCCAUCUUGUACCCUCAUCAGAAUGGCCAUGAAGCACACCUUUGAUCCUCACACCUCCUCUUCCAGGAAUUUCUUCUGGAAAAUACAAGAUGUGCAAAAAGAUUUAUCCACAAGGGCGAGCACUGCUGCUUUUUAAAUAUAAUACCCAAAAAAGGGGUGGGGGGGUGGAUAUCAUAAAUGUCUAAAAUAAAAGCAAGUGGUUAAAUUAUGAAACAUCCAUACAGUGGCCUUAACUUUUCAAGCAUCAGAAACAGUUCUGAUUUAGAUAAAAAGAUGUGCAUGAAUGCUGUUAAGUGACAGCCAGGACGUGCAGUGUGAUCUCGUUUUAAGAAGUAUAUCUAAAGGUCUGGGAAGGUACAUGCCAAGGUGUUUAUAGUGGUUUUCACUGGAUUUUCCUGCUCUCCUUUCUGUUUCUUUGCGGUGUCUCCUUUUUCUGUGAUCGCACAUAUUGCGCUCGAAAGAAGAAACAACAUAGGACCGAUGUUAACUUGUCACGCUCUUGGGAAGCCUUGCAGAUUCCAGUGAUCACCGUCUUUUCUGAGUGCUCACAAGUCUUUUGACUCAUCAUAUGCUUUCAAAUUCUAGUGGAUAUCACUUCCAGGCCACAGAUCAAUAACUGUCUUAUUAUCCCUUUUUGAGGACAUGAUUUUUUUCUGUUGUUCAGUCCCCUGGAACCUCCUGUCCACUGAUGUUCCUCAGAGACCACUGACUUAUCUUUUGUGCCCAGUGGCCCCCCAGACACCGACUGAGCUUGAAAGCACCAGGCUGCUCACCUUUCUUGCCCCUCAAAUUCCCCAUCACCAUGUUAUUCACUCCUUAGGGUUUGAGGAUGGUUUUCUUUGAAAGAGUAGAUGAAAUAAAAUGGUGGGCACCUGGUUUGUCUCACUCUGUAACCUGCAUAUAGUAGGGUUGGCAAACCACUGUUUAAAUUGUCCUUACUUGUGAUAAGUGGCAGCUCAUGGGCUCAUUCUUUCCUGGCGAUGUUCUUAUCGGUGUGUCUCCCUCAGUUACACGCCCUUAAGAUCUUCUCCUGGGAGGACUUGCUGCAGGGCCAUGUUGAUUUCUCUAGAUUCUGUCCCAAAGCCCCAGUUCCUAAGUUUCCUUGUCAGAACUUUUAGUGGCUGUUAGUUUUCUUUUAAAGAAUAUCUUCUCUCUCCUGAACAUCUUUUACUUUAGUCCCAGAUGAUGGUAUCCUCCCUUUUUGUUUCCUUAUAAUUUUUUUAGAUGUUUAGGUGUCUGACCGUUUGCUCAUUUCUCUUCCACCUAUUCCAGAAAGAUUUAAGGUAGCUGCAAAAAUGCAUGUAACAAAGUGAAAACGGAAGGGGAAAAGUAGGAGUGAAUGAAAAUACAGGAUAGCAAAGUAGGGUGCAGCUGUGGGUGAGGCUUUGCAUGAAGCAGAGAUUCUGGAUUUGGUUCUGAGUCAACAGUUCCUUACGGACAACCUAAAAAUAAGCUGGUUGUUCGAGGAGAGCCUAACUAUUCCUUUUGUGAAUUUUUCUUCGUACAGAGGGCCCUGUAAGGUGCUGGGAACAGCCGCCUUUCCGUGAGUUUGAUAAGGACAGACUGUAUGCCCGUGUGAGGCAGAUCCACUCAUGUUUGAACCCCUAAAAUGUUUGGAAGUUGAGUAAGAUGUUUCUUUAAGAAAUGCUCUUGUGCUGGGUGUCCUGUGCCUUAGAGGCUGGGGACCUCGGGGGACGUCAGGAAAGGGGAGAUCCCCAACGUCCUGUCCAACCUGAGGGCCACCUGUGCCGAGGGUCCCUGUAACAAGCAGCUCAGCCCAGAGGCACCAGGAUUGUUUUUUCCAACCUAGGAAUGUCUUGUCAGCCACGAGGCAGGUUUUACUUAAGGAACAGGUGACAGUAGGUAUGGGACACUACGCUGUAAGAGUCUUGUUUUUGUGGUGGUUAUAAACUGAUUUAUAGCGCCAUGUAAAGAAUUUUUACCAAAGAACUUGUUUUUCUCCGUUUUGAAAAAAACUGACACAGUCGUAUAGAUUAGUACAGUAAUAAAGCAGAGGCAUAUUAAAACCAGCAUGUAAUAAAACCAAACAUCUCCAGCUCAGCCCACAGUUUCAGGAUGAGCCACGUGCAGAAAUGCGCUGAGGCCUCGUGGUGCAGGGAAGCACCUUUUAGCGCCUGACAUCUUCAUCUGUCCGUCAGCACCAGGCUGACCACGUGACUUAUUUUCCACUUCGUCACUUUUGAGAGUGAAAGGGGCACAGAGUUGCAUCAGGACAAAGCCGGAACCUGGAACCGACCCGGCAGACAGGGGCUGUGGUCACCUUGCCUUUAGUUUUUCUGUUUUCUUCAGGUUUUUUUUUGUUUCUGUUUUUGUUUCUGCUUUUGUUUUUUGAUUGCUGGAAAAGCCAGCUUAUUGCCCUGCACAGCUGUUGCCUCUUAAAAACCAGUCCCUUUUCAAGAUGUUUGACAUCAGGAAGCGUGUGAGAGUGGACAAGCUGGAGUCCAUCGGCCAGCAGUUCAGCCACGACACUCGUGCAGAGAGAAGGAGAAUUUUAUCUGAAACACAGAACCCCGUACGAGCCGUGUAACUCUGACAUCAGACCGGGAAAGCGCAAAGCAAUUAAAAAUAAUUAAUGAUUUCUGAAUAUCAGCCUUCUCCAUGCAGUUUUAAUCUAGUCCUCAUUUAAAUUGGAAGAUGGACAUUUAAUUAUCAGUAUUAUGAAAUUCAUGAUUUAUAUAUUUCAUCCAACUGGAUAAAAUUUCUGCCAUCAGCCCUUCAUCUUAUUAUGAAAGAAAAUCUGUAUAUUUCACAGUGUGAUCAUUUAAAAACUCAUCUGCAGCAUACCCAACAACUGCAAACAUAUUUUCCUUUCAUUUCUGAUGAUUACAUUAUUUCUGUCUUUUAAUUAGGAAAAAAAAAAUCUCACCUGGAAUAUCGGAAAUAAACUUAAUACUGUCAUGGUCAUAAAGCACUGCCGGGUCAGAAAAUGAAGAGACCAAAGGACUAAAACAAUAGGGUGUGUGAGAAAUGCUGUUCUUUUCUGUGUAAGGUGUUCUAACAGACAGCUGCUCCACAUGUCACGUUUAUGCUGCAGAGUUUGCAUGGGGAGUGAGUGUGUGUGUGUGUGUGUGUGUGUGUGUGUGUGUGUGUGUGUUUCUCCUUUUCCCAUGCAUGUGGGUGAGUGUCAGCCUGCGAUUGGGUUGACAACCUCAUAGGAGGGGAAGGGCCGCCAGCUUCUAGUGGGAGCCCCGGAGUAAUGUGAAUCGCCCUCUGCAUUCGCAGGUACCCCUGUGGCCUCUGUCAUUAAUGGACAUGUUCACGCGGCUUUUGUGGCCUUGAACUUCAGACCCCUCCUUUCCUUUAUCCUCCGAUGAGGAUUUUCAGACUCACCUAGGACUGGUUGGAGAGGUGGGGGGUGAGCACGUGGGAGGGUGGCAGGGAUCCGCGGGAGGAACGUCAGUUUGAUGCAGGCCCAGAUUAUAGCAUAUGGGGAAAAUUCCUCAACGAAGUGAAAAAAUAUUUAUAAUAACGGUGCUCAAGUCAAGGAGGAAAUAAGUCCUUUUAAAGACAUAUAAAUUUUUAUCAUCCCCUCUAACAGCCAUUGCGUCCCUUGCCUAUCCAUCUAUUCCUGCCCUGACAAAAAAGGAAAAUAGAAUAAGAAAAAGCAGAAAUGAAUGGGAGUGGGUGGGCACUUUAUUGCAUAGUGUAUCUGUACAUCCUGACGUAAAGGUGCGGGUGACAGGUGGCCAGGUUUGCUCUGUACACAACCAUGUGUGUGCUGUCAGGCGCUCACACGCUGCCUUGUUUCGAUUGAUGAAUUGCCUGCUUUCUUGAUUAAACCUUCCGUCACUUAAGAAACAAAAAGCCUGUGUUUAGAUGGCAGAGUGGGACACGUCAAAAAAAUCUGUCUCCUUUACCUUUGUGCAGAUGUUGGGCACAGACUGUAACAUGUAUUAUUAAAAUGAAUGUGGCAUUUACUGUGCAUUAUUCCUUUCCUGGGAGAAAGGACUGUAAAUUAUAUGCUAAUAAUAAGCUUUAACCCUUUCGAAAUGCGAAAGAUUCAAGAGUGCAAAUAUUCAUGGAGGCCUGGCUAAUUGGACGUGCUUUCAUACAGCCACCGUGGUCACUGGAGUUAAUGAACGGUUUGUGCGGGCAGACACGCAGGGCACUUGGGAACUCGAGGUGCUCCGCUCUGCAAGUGCCUCUGCUAGGAUUUUGCGGAGAGAGACCCUGAAACCCCUUGGCUGGGCUCUGGGUCACCUUACGACAGAUGAGGUCCAGAGCCAUGUCCAGUUCCCCCGGCGCAUCUUCUGGACCUGAGCAUCAGGCAUGGUCCUCUGGUGUUCUCCUGUGUCCCCGCUUACGGGGCUGGCUGGGCUCGGGCCCGGCAGGUACCAGGUGUUGGUGCCUCGCACUUCCUGGACCUGGCUUAUCAGUCCUCAGUCCAGUUGCCCAGGUGGCAGACUCAUGUCCCCAAAGCACAGCCUCUCAGAUCAGACCUUGCGUUCUUUCAUACCUCACCUGCCUGGCGUUGGGGCUGUCAGUGGCCAGUCUCCACCUGUCCGGCGUCCCUUCCUCUGUGCCCAGCAGCCGAGGUCGCUCCCCGUGUCCUCAUCUUUGUGUCUUUCUGUGCAUCUGCCCCUGCCAGUCCCGUGGCCCAGGUGGCCCCAUCGUCUCUUCUCCUUUCCUCUGCUGACCCAUGCUUGAAGCCCUGCUCCUACACUACCUCUUCAUGAAGCUUGUCUGCGUCCCUUCCAGUUGGGGCUGCUGGUCUCCUCCCACACUGCUUUGUGUUAGAGCGAUCUCACCUGGGAGCACUCUGAGGCAGCAGAGGCUAUGUUUAGAAGAGACGAUGGAGGCUGUCUUCAAUCCUUUUUGAAUCCAUGCGGUUGUAAUUAAAGGCAAAGAGACCAGAACGACUGUUCACUUCCCUGUUCAUUCAGCAGACAGCGCUGCCGUGUGCCAGGCCCCGUGUUCCCUCUUCGAGGGAAGCGUGGGGAAGAAGGUUCAGCAUGUGACUGACGGGGCGUUUGGGGUCAGAAGCACGUGGGGCCAUCGCACAGAGCCACUGUGAAUGGCCGCACUGCACGACGCACGUGAAUGGCUCCUGGCUGGAGCUGUGCAAGGGCCCUGCGUUACGUUACCCUGGGCAGGUCACUCAAUGCUAGUUAUUCACCCCUGGAAAAUAAUACAGUAACCGCCCACUAGCUUCCCAGGAUUGCUGAGAGGAUCCAGGAUAUAGAAGAGUGUGUUAUAAAUCAGGAGGCAGUGCGGGAACGUCACUUCCCUCCCUACUCGCCUCCCCUGCAGGGCUGUGAUCAGAGUCGGAGCCCAAAGGUUGGAUGAGGAUUGCCGCUCAGGACACACUGGCUCAUCUUGGCCCCGCGCUCCCUUGUAUGAUUUUAUCUGUGAGAUUUUACUUCUCAGCAGUCAGAGCGCUCUGAGUGCUCAGCGAAAACAUCUUCCUCAGGCCAGAGAAACUUGCAGCAAAGGCUCUGGCAGGGCUCGGCUCGGCACCCCCUGGAAACCGAGGCCCACUGUCACGCAUCGUCACUUAGACGUUGGCAGCUCUCCGUGCCAGGCAGCCCAUGAACCCUUCUCGGGAAGGUGACAGGAUGCUGGCUUGAGGGCAGGAAGGAAAGACGCCCUUGGCAGAGUGAGCUGGCGACUUUCCAUAAAAUCUUCCAACGUGCCUUUGGUGUCUUUGGAGGAAAAGUGCUGCUGGGCUGGCCGCCUUCCGCUCCAGGCCUUCAUUUCUGCUUUUCCUGUGCUCCACCGGCAGGAGAAAGUUACGACUUCUUCCAGUUUCGUCAUCGUGAAAAAUAAAAAUAUUAUUAGGUGACAGAUACUUCAGUGCUCUUAAAAGGUGGCCACGCCCUGCUGUGCCUUCAGUCUCGCUUCGGUUUUUAGGCACGGCGGAGUGUAGGCGGCGUUGGUUUAAUGGGCCACGUCCCCCUCUUAAAUCCUCGAGUGAGGCAGCGGAGAGGCAGUGGGAAGAGCCGGGUGCAGGCCCAGCCUCUCCUGCUGGCUAGCCCAGUGAUGGCAGGCUCGGCACCACGCGUUUCUGGAUCUAAAUGCCCACGUCUCUCGACAUCAGUAAUUGUAAUAACAACAUCAGUGAUUCAAAUGUAACUGUAGUUCAGCUAAUACUUUUUGGAAGUUUCCUCUGUGUCAACCACUGUCUAGUAUCUAAGGUAGGGGUGGUAACACCCACCUCCCAGGGCUGGGGUUGUGUGGGAAGGAGCCUGUGUGUUUUUCGGGUUGGGAUACCUGAGUUGUUACUAGCAAAUGUGUACUUACUCCAGACUUCAGAGAAAUUCCAUCCAAACGCUGUCUUGACUAUAAACUUCCCAGACACGGACAGUUAGAGAAAAACCAACUUUCUGACACCUUUCUCCCUGCAUGCUUACCUUCUUUGUCUAGUUUUUAAGCAGAAAUAUGCCUCCAUUUCCCCAUCGUAAUUCCCUUCCUGGCAGGCAGCGUGAUUGUGGUCCUUUCUGAAGGCCUAGCCAGAGAAAUGCUGAAAACAAAGGGAAGACGCUUAAUCCCAGCUCUUCAUCUGCUCUUAGCACUUCUUCAGAGGUUUUCUCUGGGGCGAAUGAAGUCGUCAGGUUUACCGAACACUCCUGCCUAGGAGCAGCUUAUAUCGGAUUAGCCCUUUGUUCCUUUUUCUAUCUCUGUCUCUCCCUGUGUCGCAAUAAUAGACUGUCAGCUGAGAGGGGGAAAUGAUACAAUUAAGGGAAAUUCUUUAAACACAUUGAGGGAGCUGAAGUUGUUUUUGCUUUUAUUAAAAUGGAUUGCAUUCAUUUAUUUUAAUAAUACCUAGCCUUCUUCUAGCACUUACUGUGUACAGACUCUGGAGUAAGCCCUUUCCAUGCGUUCCCAACAAAUCCUUGCCAAGAAAACCUUCAGGAUUUGUACUGUUACCACUACUGUCCCUAUUUUACAGAUACAGCACAGCUGCCAGCGUUGCUGAGUUCCUACGUUCAAGCCUUGUUUCAAGCCGCAUAAAAUAAGUAUCUUUAUUUUACAGGUGGAGAAAUUGAGGUUUGAGAGAGUGAUUUGCCCCCAGUUACACUGCCAGUGAGCGGGAGGGCUGAGAUUCAAGCCCAUCCAGACCCUAAGUUCCCAGCCCCCGCCUGGAGGACGCUCCUUCUGGCUGUGGACCAUUUCCCUGCCUUUGUCAACUGAAGUUGGAAGGACCCACACACCCAGAGUGGCUCACGGUUUAUUAGGUCUCAGUGUUGUUUCAACCUCAGAUGGUCCCCGGCCCCUCAUCUCUGGGACCGCAUCAGAGUGAGGCCUUUGAUCCUUGACUGGCAAUGACCCCCCAGUCCGCAGGGCACUGCCAAGAGCGGUGUGGCUCCUAUUGGCCAUUGCUGGGCAGAACGGUGAAGAGGUGAGCACACAGCCCCUCACUUGAAGCUGAGUGACCUUAGGCAAGCGGGUUCACCUUUCUGGGCCUCAGUUUCCUUGUCUGUUAAAUGGGAAUGGCAGUGGUUUGUAGUGAAGAUUAGAACCGUGCCUGGUACGUGGAAGGUGCUAUAGAUGUGUUGAUUAUGAUUGUAAUUAUUCCACAGCACCUCCCUCCCACCCCUUCUCAGAUUCUUUUCCAACCAGGAAAGGGAAUACUCCAGAUGCUUCAAGGAACCUCCUCUCCAUCAGUAGGCAAGGCUACUGCUGGUCUUGUGUCAGAGACGGAGACCUUUGUCGGGGGGUGGGGUGGGGUGCGGAGCUCUGGGCACCUGGAUGUCCCCUUGCUGUGGCCUUCCAUCAGCCCUGUGGUGGCAGUGGGCAGCGCAAACAGACCAUUUCACACCUUGGGACUGAAGUGUAGGCGUCUUCUUGCCCUGUCCCAACUUCCCGGACCCUGCCCACAAUAGGCCUCUUAUUUGAACUGACAGUCACCUCAGUGCCAUCCGCUUUGAAGCUUCGUUCUCUAGAUUGGGCCUCCUAAGGUGCCAGCCUCUGCUGAGGUCACUGAGCCAUUCCAGACCCUGUGCGACCCUCUCCUGAGCUCCUGGUCGCAGCUCCCGUCCUGCUGGCCCCACUGCCUAGGUUCUCCUGCUCUCCCGCGUGGCCCAGCUCCCAGGCUCCAGCCUGGCUGACUUAUGACGGUAGUCACAGGGGAUCAGCUUCUAGGUGAGCGUCUUUAAACUUAGUGAGUAAAGGUGUGGGCGUCGGCAGAACUCAGGGAGAGGUUGGAUGGCUGUACGGAAUUCGGUGAUGAGAUCAGGAGUUAUCCUCUCUGUCCGUCACACAGGAUGUCAGGACGAAUGCAUUUAACUGCUAACAUUAGGACAAAAGACAGUCUGAUCUGUUUUGUAGCAGUGAAGCCACCUUCCCUCUGGACAGAAUACCUGAAUCCAUCCAUUUUUGUGCAGUUGGUGUUUGUGUCCUGAAUACCCAAUGCUUUCUUCCCUCUUUUUAUAAAUGGCCGGUGGUGGUCUUAACCUUUUAUGUUUAAAAACACAGUCUUCACUGCUCCAGCCUAGGGUUUGGACAGGAUGUAUUUAUCACACACCCCGGAGAACGAGGCUCCUUACUCCUCAGAUUUGUGUUUCGAUCGUCUCAGACGGUGAGUGAGGCAGAACUGUCCUCCAAGCUUGAGAUCCUUUGUUUAGAGCAGUUUCUCGCGCCUGGCUUGUUUCACAGUGUGAACGAUCUCAUGAUCCACUGGCGAGGCAACGUCCAUAAUGUUGAAGGAGAGAGGAAAGCGUGCCUCGUUGGCCCCAAGCAUUGCUCCUGGUGACACGCUUAGAAGCACUUAAUCGCCUCCUAUCUGGAGGCCAUAAACGCACCCAUCUUUCUGUUCCGUUGCCUCCUGUGUUUACCUUACAUAUGCCCUGUGCUAACAAAAUGUCAGUGUCACUCCUGUCAGGGGGUCCUUUGGCUCACGAAUUACACAGGCCCUCCUCACCCUUCUUCUGCCAAAGGUGGUUGGACCUUGUAUAGGCCCAGCGUGGGCAGCUUCUUCGGCCGUAAGCCUCUUGGCUAUUCAUGCUGCUUGUAAGCUUUGGCCGUCUGACGGGUUUCCCGGUUCUAAUAAGGGCGACCUGUCUUUCGUUACGACGUCUUGUUCAGUGCUCAGUUCUCUGCUGGAGUCCAGGGUCCGUCCCAGGAGGUUAGGACCACGCGCCCCAUUCACUGGUGUGCGUCCAAGCAGGGCCCGGCCCGCGGGAGGCGCUCGGUGAUAUUGGUCGUCGGAUUGCUUCUUGAAAUCCACCCUUUGUAUCCGCCCUUCCCAGCUGCGUGACUUUGGACAAUUUGUGUAACAUUUCAUUCGUCUCCUCUUCUGAAUCUUGAGGAUUAGGGAUCAUGGAUGUGAAGUGCCUUGUGCUGAGCGGGCCCCGCAGAGAUGGCAGCUGAAUGGCUGUCGCAGACACUGUCGUUCCAGGGAGCGCUGGGCUUAGUCACCUGCAGUAAGACCCCCACCUCCACCCCGCCUAAAAUACCAUCAGGAGGGGCAGCUGGUCCACUAGGCAGGGCCAGAGGAGAACUCACAGCUCACACCUGGAGGGACCCUGCCCAGUUCAGGGGGCUUCUUGGUGUCAUAUAAGACCAACCCCCCAUCCUAGCUCAGAAAUGGGUAAUUGCAUGAGAUGUAAGUUUGUUACUGGGUAAAACAAUUUAAAAGAGAACAUCUCAACAUUUAAAUGAGCCUCCAGUUUUCCCCUUCCCUUCUCAUCGAAUCAGCUCCGACUGAGAAAGGAGCAUAUCCGUGCUCAGCCCUCUAAACACUUUGACUUCUUUCUUCUUUGCCUUUUGGUUUGUGGCUCUUUCUUUCCUGCCCCUGUCAUCCCAGGACCCUUGAGCCAGAGUCCUUACGUAACUGUGAGCCAGGACUUGCUUUCAGGGUCCAUGAGAGUCACGCCACCCACCGAGCACAUCAUGAAGGCUUCGCUGCGCUCCAGAGCUGCUGCCAGGCCGGGUGCCGGCUCCAGGGCUUGUGCCGAGGGCUGGCUCGGCAGCCACAGGACACACCAUGCACUGAAGACGAUCUUUCUUGGGGUUUGGGAGAACAGUUUAAACAACUUUCUUAGAUGUCCCCAUCUUAGGGGAGGAAGCCAGGGUAUCUAUCGAUGCUAAGGGACUGCUCCUUUCUUCAGACUACAUUUUUUUUAAAAGAUAUUGUAUCUUUUAUUUGGAUUUAAUGAGGACAGACAUUUUAAUCAGAGGUUAGUCAUUUAUUUUUGCAAACUAUUGUUUUGAUUCAUCAUUUUUGCAGAUAAUUAAAUGGUUCAGUUGGCACAGUGUGUCUACUUUAUUAAAACAGGUAAUUUUGGGAAAAAAGAGAGAGAGAUGCUAUUUUUUGGAUCACUGCACAAGAAUUGCUUUUAUCUUCAUCUUUGAGCAUAGUUUCUGGUUGUUUUGCCAAAAGGCUCUCUCACGUUCAAGCAUUUGGUGUCCUCUCUGGUCUGGGGGGGGCUUGCCCUUGAAUGAUUGGGGUGUUAGCCUCUAUGCCCUUUGAACCGGGAGGUGAAGCAUAAAUUCUGUGCUGUUACCUUUUAGAAAGACUCUUAGGUUUUAAUUGGAUUGGGGAAAAGAGCCUACAAGUUAUGAACUUUGCAGAGCAGCAGUUUUUAUGCUAAAAACAGAUUAAUUGUAGCCCUCGCAGUGGGUGGAGUUUAAAAGUCAAUUACUGCUUGUCCUAUUAUAAUUUACACACCUAGGAUUUGAAAAAGUCUGUCACUUGGUAUAAAAAUGAAAAGGUUACGUGUACUGGUUUGAGUAUUCCUGUGACUUUUCAUUUGUAAAUGCUUUAACUACACAUAUUUGUGUGUGUGCAACUUGUAGCUGCGGAGUUCUAAUACUACUACAGCCGUGAGCAGGAUUCUUCAGGAAGAGUAACCUUUAAGAUUUCAUUCUUUACAUCCGUAACCGCUUGGAAUAUAGUCCUUUGUCUGGCGGUUCAUUCCACUUGUAGGCACCGUGGCAGCCCCUGCAGGGCCUUGGGGACACUCCACUCCCGGGUCAUGAACCAGUGAGGGACGGCCCUUCAGGGGUCAGUUUUUUAAAAACAAAUUGCUCACGACGUUUGCCUUCUUUGAUUUGCCCAUGUUUGCAUCCUGAAUCCGUUAAUUCAC